GUAUCAUUAUAAGUAUUUCGUAUGAAUUUAUUUAUUACCUUUCUCUAGGUUUUUCAUAAUUAACCCUUUUGAGAAACUACGCGGUACGUCUGCCCAUGCGGUUUGCAGUUUACUGACGAGUGGGUCAUUCAUGUGGACAGGGAUUUUAGCUUCUGUGCUGUUCCUCGUUUUGAUUGCUGUGGAGCGUUAUCAUGCCGUACUAUAUCCUUUACAUCAUCAGACUGGAAUGGUAGUUACAAAACUGAAAACUAUUGUUACCUCCUUAUGGGUUUACGCACUCGCCUGGAACAUUCCAACGUUUGUGCUGUUUCGUUACAGCAAUCAAAGUGGACGCUGUUACCAAAAUUGGCCUAAUCCCUACUUGGGUCGAGCCAGAGCUAUUUGGUGGGUCCUCAACACGGCUGUGGUUCCUGUGAUUAUUAUGGGCUAUCUGUAUAUUCAGAUUGUCCGCAAGCUAUGGAAGAAUAUACCAACGGGCAGAAUUCAAUCCCAGAAAGCAAGGAGAAAAGUAACCCGGAUGACACUAAUCAUUAGCAUGAUCUACAUUUUGACAUGGAUUCCAAACAGCGUCAUAUUUCUUCUGCUCCAAUUCAGCUCUUACGUGACCCCGGAUUCUCCAGCGGAUCAACUGGGAAUUCUGCUUAUCACUUUUAACUCGUGCAUCAACCCUAUAGUGUACAGCUUACACAGUACCCCAUUUAGUAACAGCUUGAAGAACAUGUUGCAGUGUUGCAAGCCGCGGUGUGCAAGAAAUACUGUUGUACCAACCACGCUUGUUACUAUUCAAAGAGACAUAGACGUCACAUCAUAUAGAAACGAAGACUUUGUAGAAAACAGGAUCGAAAGUAGACUGUCAGAAAGGAGUCAUCAAACCACUCAGAGUGAAUAAACAUAAAAAUUGCAAAAGUUA